UGGGAAGUGACGGCGGCGAGGACCCGGAUGUGGAGGGGGCGGGGCUCCCGCGCAUCCCGCCUUCGGGUCACGUGAGGAGGGUGUCACGUGACGGAGCGAUGGGCACGGCGCUGGACGUGAGGGUGAAGCGCGCCGGGAAGGUUUAUCGCGAUGGGGAGAUCCUUUCUGGAGUGGUGGUCAUAACCAGCAAGGACACGGUGCAGCACCAGGGCAUCUCCUUAACCAUGGAGGGCUCGGUAAAUCUGCAGCUCAGUGCCAAAAACGUGGGAGUGUUUGAGGCCUUCUGCAGCGCUGCCAAGCCUAUUCAGAUUAUCAACAGCACCAUAGAAAUGGUGAAACCAGGGAAGCUCCCCAGUGGCAAGACAGAAAUUCCCUUUGAAUUCCCGCUGCAAAUGAAGGGCAACAAAGUUCUGUACGAGACGUAUCACGGAGUCUUUGUCAAUAUCCAGUACACCCUGCGCUGCGACAUGAGACGCUCCCUGCUGGCAAAGGACCUGACCAAGACUUGUGAGUUCAUUGUCCACUCCCUGUCGCAGAAAGGGAAGCUGCUGCCGAGCCCUGUGGACUUCACCAUUACUCCUGAAACUCUGCAAAAUGUUAAAGAGAGAGCCUCCCUUCCCAAAUUCCUGAUCAGGGGCCACCUGAACUCCACCAACUGCGUGAUCACGCAGCCGCUGACGGGGGAGCUGGUGGUGGAGAGCGCCGAGGCGGCCGUCAGGAGCAUCGAGCUGCAGCUCGUGCGUGUGGAGACCUGUGCUCUGAGUUUUGCCCCCUGUGCUGUCACACACUUCUAUCCCAGCUGCACAGCCACAAUCCCAGUGCUGUCACUCCAUUUUGGGAGCUGUUCCACGGCCUCAGGCUGUGCCGAGGGCUACGCCAGGGACGCCACCGAGAUCCAGAACAUCCAGAUCGCCGACGGCGACGUCUGCAGGGGCCUCCCGGUCCCCAUCCACAUGGUGUUCCCCAGGCUCUUCACCUGCCCCACCCUGGAGACAACCAACUUCAAAGUGGAGUUUGAAGUGAACAUCGUGGUGGUCCUGCAGGACGACCAUCUCAUCACAGAGAACUUCCCCCUGAAGCUGUGCCGGAUGUGAACACCCCCAGGAGAGGCAGGGAAGGAUUUCCUGGGAAUUCCUCAGAGGGAAAAGUGGAACUUCAUCCGUGCCUGACUUCAGCUGGAGCCUCUUCCCGUCCUUCCUCCCGUGGGCAUUUCUUGUGCUUUCACUUCCCUGGUAACCUGGCCAGUGCCUCUCUGCAUUUCCCAGCCCUGCUGCCCUCAACUGGGUUUUCCCCAAUUUUUCCCUCAGGCAAAUCCUGGCGGAAUCAUUCCAUGGCUUUCUACAGCUUGUGGAAGGAUGGAGCAAGUCCCUCUCUUGAUUUCAUUUUGUAAUUCUUGUUCCAAAGUCCUCUGAAGAGCCCUUGAAACUCAUCAGUCCCAUUACAGCCGUGCUGGGAGGGUGUGGGAAUUGUGCUAGAAUGGGAAAUGAGGUCUUGGAAGGUCUAAAAAAUGGUGCUGCAACUCUGGGAUCUGUCCCAAGGUGGAUGGGAAAUGAGGGAUCUCAGAUCACACCAAGGAAAUUUUUGGUCAAACGGGGAACAGGAGUUGGGUGUUGGAGGAAUAAAUUGAUGUGGCAGUGACUGUACAGCUUCAGGGAAAAGGAAUUCAGUGAGAAAUAACAUUCCCAACACAAACAGGUUGUGGAUUUUGAUGUUGUUUUAAAAUGGGACAGCCACAACUCGUGGAUUUUCCAUUAAUUUUCCAUGUGGGGUAGAAGCAGGCUCAGUCUAUAUUAUGGAAUUUGGAAGUGUAGAGAUGAACAGCUAAAAAGGCAGAAAUUAAGAAAACUAAGGAAAAUCAUUUCCUUUGGGUUUUCCAGCAGCAUUUGCCAAGCUGGAGAAUGUCACUCCAGUUUGGGCCCUGGUGUUUUGGGAAGAAAAAGCUGAAUUUUUCAUUUCAGAAAAUGUCAUUUAUUGAAACUUAGCACUCUUCCCUGAGACCAGGGAUGGUACUGGGAGAUUUGAGGAAGAGCUGCAGCCCCCCAAAAACACUGGGAAGCUGAAGAGGAUUCCAGUGCUGGAAUUUUUAUCCCUCAAUUCUACACAGAGCAGUUACUCACCCCUACCUCAGGCCGAGCAGAAACACUACACACAAACAGCGUGUUUGGCCUCAGCAGGAACUUUAUUCAAGUGGUAACGAAUACACUGAAUAACGAGAGAGGAGCUUAAAACUUUGAAACUUCGGCUGGAGGAGAUGCAGCAGUGUGGGGAACGAGUGAUCCCUGGAAUUAGCCAAGAGCUCGACUCCAUGUGAUGUUCCCUGGAGUCAGAGGAGAGAAUAUUUGAGUUUCACUUUAGGAUUCUCGGGCUCUGGUCCUCACCUUUUGGCUGUUUGGGACAAAUUUCGCCGUGUUGAUGGUGCUCUGGUCACUUCAGACUGGGGAAACAGCGGGAGAACAAUUCCCUGAGCUGCUGGAAUUCUGCCCCUCCUGCUACUGGUGACCAUUCCUGCACAAAACACAGAGGAAAUGUCAUUUAAAAAUGCUUUUUAAGAAUCCUUUAAAACAACCCUUCCCAUUUAAACAGACCAGCUCUUCAACAAGGGGGAGGAAAAUUCCAAUUUCAACCCUAUUUUGAGAUUAAAGAAUUGAUCCAUACGAAUCAUUUAAAAUUCUUGCUUUUAAAUGUGACUAGAAGUCACUAUUUAAACAAUUUCAAUUCUCAGCUGUGGAUUUAUGCAGAGAAAAGAGCUGCCAAGACCACACCAGGCUUCAAUCCCGAACUGUUUAUGCCAGAGGAAGGGAAUCUGUUUCCAAUUCUGUUGCUCCAUCCUUUGGGUCACCCACUUGUUUGAUACUGGGAUAAAUCUGAGGGAAAAGCCCCCAAAUGUCACAGGAAUUCUGCACCGGCCUUUCAGACAAAAGAAUUCAGUACUUUUGGCGUCCCUUAGCCAAAAAUGCAGCAGAGUUCCGUGUGCUGCCAGCCCUGAGCUCCACCAGGAGAACUCCUGGAUCUCGGAGUCAAAUCCCGAGGCUGUCCCAGGGUUGUGUCCCGUCCCCCCGCCCCGGGCUUGUGCUGCAGCCCCUCUGGAAUCUCUAACCGUGAAGCAGAGCAGGAAAAGAGCAGGAAAAGCAGGCUCAGCCGUACUUGUUCCACGCAGGGAGCUCAGGGAAAUCCUCGGGAAGCAGGGCGUGGACACGGCACAUGGGGCAGGUGGAAUGCUGCUUGAGCCACGUUCGGAUGCACUGCGGGCACAGGGAGAGGGGUGAGAGGCAAAGUUCGGGAAGAGGAGCCCAGCUGGAGGCUGGGAAUCGUUGGCACUAAUGGGGGAGGCUCUUCAGCAAGUGCUGCACCGCUGAAGUUGGGGGGUGGAACUGAAUUUAUUCCGAAUCUGGAUUGAUUCUGUGAGAACAAACCGGCAUUAGAACAGAAAAGGUCACACAAACGUGGAGUUAGACUCCAACAUAAUCCCGGCUCUUUGGCUUCAGGAAUUUCCACCCUCAGGAGGCAAACACGGAGUUUUCAGGGAUAACCCACUGCCUGAGCGUGCUGCCAGCCAAUCCCAACCAAUACUGGGAUAAAUCUGAGGGAAAAGCCCCCAAAUUUCACAGAUAGCCCAUCUGAAGCCCUCUCUGGUGAAUGGUUUCACUUGAGAAACGCCCAAAGCUCCCUGUCAGGCUGGCUGUGGGCGAGGGUCUGGGGCAGAGGCUGGAGAAGGAAGCUGUGUCCCGCUGUCUGAGCGCUGCGGGGUGAGGGCAGGGGCAGGGGGCUGUUGGCAGGAGCUGGGGGUGAGGAGCAGAGCUCACCUCGCUGUGGAAGUGGUGGCCACACUCGAGCCCGCAGCAGUCUCUGCUCAGCUCAUCGUGGCAGAUGGUGCAGGGAUCCUCACAGGAGGCCUGGCCAGGAAAGGAACACUCAGUUACUUAACAACCAGCAGCAAUUAACUCAAUUAACCAGGUCACUAACUUUAACCAAGUCUACUCAAGCUUUCUGUACACAAAAUAAACGAGGCAAUUAUCACUUUU